AUGGCCACCCUCUACCACCCCACCGCCUCGCAGCUCAACGCACACGAGGGCGGCAUCUCCUGCGUCGCGUGGGGCCACGGCCUGGUCGUCACCGGCUCCGCCGACGAGGCCGUCCACUCCUAUGAAGUAAGCGGGGCGAAAAUUGAGCGGCGGCACACUCUGACGGGCCACGAGCUCGGCGUCACCGCCGUCGCGGUCGCGGCGGACGUGGCCGUCGCCGCGUCGGCCGCGCUCGACUCGCGCAUCCGCGUUUGGAACCUCGACACGGGCAGCCUCAAUCUCGAGAUUGACUGCGGGCCUAUGUCGUACGGCGUCGCGCUAAGCCCGGACGGCGCGACCGUCGCCGCCGGCUCGAUGGGCGGCAUCAGCCUGUGGGACGCCGCCUCGGGCAGCAAGACCGCCUCGCUCUCGAUCGGCAGCGACCGCAUCGUUCUCUGCGCCGCUAUCUCUGCGGACGGAGCGCUGCUCGCCGCCGGCGCAGAGGACGGCGGCGUGCAUCGCGUCGCAAAGAUGGAGGCGCACGCGGUGGCGGACUCGCGCGCGGUGCUGUGGGAGGCCGCGUCGGGACGGCAGCUCUAUACGCUACAGGGGCACGGCUCGUGGGCCUAG